GCAGCCGCCGCCCCGGACGGAAAGCCGAACGCCGGGGGCUCGGACCCGAGGCCGCCCGGGUGCCCUGCCUCCUCGUUCGCCAUGGCGGUGCCCCCCAUCUCACGGAACCCCAGCAUCCUGGCGGCUGCCGCGCCCGCGCCCGGAAAGGCCAAGCUGACGCACCCAGGGAAGGCGAUCCUAGCAGGCGGCCUGGCUGGCGGCAUCGAAAUCUGCAUCACGUUCCCCACUGAGUAUGUGAAGACGCAGCUGCAGCUAGAUGAGCGUUCACAUCCUCCGCGGUACCGGGGAAUCGGGGACUGCGUACACCAGACGGUCCGCAACCAUGGCGUCCUGGGCCUUUACCGUGGUCUUAGCUCUCUGCUCUAUGGUUCCAUCCCCAAGGCGGCGGUCAGGUUCGGCAUGUUCGAAUUCCUCAGCAACCAUAUGCGCGACUCCCAGGGACGGCUGGACAGCACGCGCGGGCUGCUGUGCGGCCUAGGCGCCGGGGUGGCUGAGGCCGUGGUGGUCGUGUGCCCCAUGGAAACCAUCAAGGUGAAGUUCAUCCAUGACCAGACCUCCCCCAAACCCAAGUACAAAGGAUUCUUCCAUGGGGUCAGGGAGAUUGUGCGGGAGCAAGGGCUAAAGGGCACAUAUCAGGGCCUCACAGCCACAGUGCUGAAGCAGGGCUCCAACCAGGCCAUCCGCUUCUUCGUCAUGACCUCUCUGCGCAACUGGUACCAAGGAGACAAUCCCAACAAGCCAAUGAACCCACUGGUCACUGGGGUCUUUGGAGCCAUCGCAGGUGCUGCCAGUGUCUUCGGGAAUACUCCACUGGAUGUGAUCAAGACUCGGAUGCAGGGCCUGGAGGCUCACAAAUACCGGAACACCUGGGACUGUGGCCUGCAGAUCCUAAGAAAUGAGGGGCUCAAGGCGUUUUACAAGGGCACUGUCCCCCGCCUGGGCCGGGUCUGCCUGGAUGUGGCUAUUGUGUUUGUCAUCUAUGAUGAAGUGGUAAAGCUGCUUAACAAAGUGUGGAAGACUGACUGAGCCUGGCACCUGCAUAGGGACCCCGAGUGCCUCCAAACCAGCCCACACAUCUCACGUAAUUCCAGUGCAGCGUGCCAAAAGGCCUCUCCCUGCGUCCUUCGAGCUCUGUGGCCUGUGAUCUGGCCUGUGUCUGUCCCCGUGGCUCUUGAGUCCAUGUGUCCCAUAGCGUUGUGUGUGCUCUGCGGUCUGUGUGACACUGCUACUGUGUCUAGUCAGGCCAUGGCUUGGGUAUUCCUGUGGCCUGUGAAUCUGCCCACAAGUCCCAUGAGCUUGCUCCUGAGCUGUGUGCCUGUGUCUUGUGUUCAGUGUUGUGUGACCCUGUGUCCUGCAUCCCAGGGUGCCCACGUGGCCUGGGUCUGUGGCCCCUGUAGCCAUGGCCUGGUCCCAGUCCGAUGCCUUCCACCGCGAGUGGUAAGGGCACCCUGCCCCAGCCUACCACAGCUGCCUCCGGGCCUUGGCCUGGUCUCACCGCAUUCCAGGGGCUGCGUCCCCCCUGCUUCUGCCACUGGCCUUAACCGGCCUUCGGGCCCUUCCUCUGCCCAGGACAGGGUGGCACCUGCCACUCUCAGGACCACCCUCCCAAGGCAAAAUAAAGCGGAUUCUGUUUCA